AUGGGCAAGGUAUUACUAGCUUCUUGCACAGUGGUGAUGAUCAUGUUGGUUUUCUUUACAGAAUCAUCUAGUGCAGCGUACAAUGUGGUGAGCUACGGGGCGAAGGGCGACGGCAAAAAGGACUCGACAGCAGCAUUUCUCAGGGCUUGGUCGGUGGCCUGUGGCUCGAGGAAUCAAGCAACAAUUUACGUGCCAAGAGGGACGUUCUUGAUACGAAAUGUGGUGUUUGGGGGUCCGUGUAAGAGCCGAAUUGUGUUGCAGAUAGAUGGGAGCAUUGUGGCUCCAACGAGUUACUGGGAUUUGGGGAAUUCAGGGAAUUGGAUUUUGUUCAAUAAGGUUAGUAGAAUUAAGAUUUAUGGUGGAAGUUUUGAUGCGAGAGGAGCUGGUUAUUGGGCUUGUCGGAGAAGUGGAAAGAAAUGUCCGGCCGGAGCUCGGUCAAUAUCAUUCAAUUGGUCAAACAACGUAUUGAUAAGUGGAGUGACAUCAAUAAACAGUCAAAAAAUGCACAUAUCUCUUAACCAUUGCACCAACUUCUUAAUUCGAAACGUAAAGAUUAGGGCACCGAGUAAUAGUCCAAACACUGAUGGAAUUCACAUGCAAGCGUCAUCAGGAAUCACUGUUACCGGUGGUUCAAUUGCAACAGGCGAUGAUUGUAUCUCAAUAGGUCAAGGAUCUACGAACACAUGGAUCGAACGUCUCAACUGUGGCCCCGGACAUGGAAUCAGCAUCGGAAGUCUUGGCGAUUUUACAAAUGAAGAAGGUGUCGAAAAUGUGACGGUAUCAGGUGUAGGAUUCACAAAAGCAGAAAAUGGAGUAAGAAUAAAAUCAUGGGGGAGAACUAGUAACGGCUACGCGAGGAACAUUAAUUUCCGUAACUUAAUCAUGAACAAUGUCAACAAUCCUAUAAUUAUUGAUCAAAAUUACUGCCCUUCUAGCUCUGGAUGUCCUCGUCAGAGUUCGGGUGUAAAAAUAAGCGGAAUUACAUAUAAAAAUAUAAAGGGCAUUUCGGCAACACAAAUAGCUAUAAAGUUCGAUUGCAGUCCCACUGAUCCAUGCACGGGAAUCAGAUUACAAGAUAUAAACUUAAGAUAUCUGGGCAAAUCACGCUCUGCAAUUUCUUAUUGUAAGAAUGCUCAUGGUAGAAGCAGUGGAGUGGUACUGCCCAAGAGUUGCUUCUGA